AUGGCUGGUGGGGGGUUCGCUGUGAAUGCACCAGGCAGUGAUUUCCUUGGCCAGAUAACACUUUCAGUCGUAAUCACUUGCAUCGUCGCUGCAUCCAGUGGACUACUUUUUGGAUAUGACAUCGGCAUUUCAGGAGGUGUCACGACGAUGGUCCCGUUUCUUAAGAAAUUUUUUCCAUCAAUACUGAGAAAGGCAGCUGGUGAUGUAGAUGUAAACAUGUACUGCGUGUAUGACAGCCAAGUGUUGACAUUAUUCACUUCUUCUCUGUACCUUGCUGGGUUAAUCUCAUCUCUCGUAGCUAGCCGAAUCACGGCGGCUCUCGGUCGAAGAAACACCAUCAUGUUGGGUGGUUCCGUCUUCCUCGCCGGUGGUGCAAUUAAUGGAGGUGCUGAAAAUAUUGCUAUGCUCAUUUUGGGCCGUAUCCUACUCGGCUUUGGGGUUGGUUUCACUAAUCAAGCUGCGCCGUUGUACCUUUCUGAAAUAGCUCCACCCAAAUGGCGAGGUGCUUUCAACACAGGCUUCCAAUUCUUCCUAGGAGUUGGUGUGCUUGCUGCAGGAUGCAUAAACUAUGGCACCGCAAAGCACACGUGGGGAUGGAGACUCUCUCUUGGACUUGCGGUUGUACCUGCAGCCUUUAUGACAGUUGGUGCCAUCCUUAUAACUGACACGCCAAGCAGCUUGGUGGAACGUGGCAAAAUAGACCAAGCCAGAAAAGCCUUGCGCAAAAUCAGAGGAGCGUCCAUCGAUGUUGAACCCGAGUUAGAAGAACUCAUUAAAUGGUCACAAGUGGCUAAAUCAGUGGAGCAAGAACCUUUUAUGACCAUAUUUGAGAGGCAGUAUCGACCCCAUUUGGUGAUGGCAUUUGCUAUCCCAUUUUUUCAACAGCUUACAGGAAUCAACAUUGUGGCAUUCUAUGCACCUAACCUCUUUCAAUCUGUGGGUUUGGGACACGAAGCAGCUUUACUUUCUGCUAUUAUACUAGGAACUGUUAACCUUGCUUCUAUUCUCAUAUCCACUGCUGUUGUUGAUCGGUUUGGUCGAAGGUUUUUGUUCAUAACUGGUGGCAUUCUCAUGUUUGUCUGUCAGAUUGCGGUGUCUGUUUUGCUAGCAGUGGUGACUGGAGUUCAUGGUACGAAGGACGUAUCGAAGGGCAACGCGGUUCUGGUGUUGGUGCUACUCUGUUUCUACAGUGCAGGUUUUGGUUGGUCGUGGGGCCCUCUCACAUGGCUAAUUCCCAGUGAGAUUUUUCCUCUAAAAAUCAGAACCACUGGACAAAGUAUAGCUGUUGGUGUGCAAUUCAUAACUAUAUUUGUGUUGUCCCAGACAUUUUUGUCAAUGCUAUGCCACUUUAAGUUUGGUGCCUUCUUGUUCUAUGCGGGUUGGAUUGCGGCGAUGACAAUCUUUGUUAUAUUUUUCUUGCCCGAGACUAAAGGAAUUCCAUUGGAGUCAAUGUACACCAUAUGGGGUAAACACUGGUUUUGGCGCCGGUUUGUUAAAGGACAAGUUGACCAAGUGAAUCUUCCUUGA